CAUUUAGCGAAAACUGACUCUGGGAGGGGAAGCAGACCAAACUGAAAGCUGUUGCUCGUAGAUUCUUCUUUCUCGAAAAAAGAAAAGAGCCGAGACAAGGGUGCAGUUUUGUCUUCAUUUUCUUGUCGUGAAAACUGUGUCCUCCCGGUCAGACGUGCUGGGGAGCCCGAGGAGGGGCUGAGCCGCUGUCUGUAGGAUGUCCCGACAUGAGGGUGUGAGCUGUGAUGCAUGUUUAAAAGGAAACUUCAGAGGAAGACGCUUCAAGUGUUUAAUUUGCUACGACUACGACCUUUGUGCAUCGUGCUACGAGAGCGGAGCCACAACUACGAGACACACCACAGAGCACCCCAUGCAGUGUAUAUUAACCCGGGUAGACUAUGACUUGUAUUAUGGAGGAGAUACGUUUUCAGUAGAACAACCGCAGUCAUUCACCUGUCCUUAUUGUGGCAAGAUGGGCUUCACGGAGUCAUCCUUACAGGAACAUGUCACCUCAGAGCAUGCGGAGACUUCUACAGAGGUGAUCUGUCCAAUAUGUGCUGCCUUGCCAGGAGGCGACCCCAACCACGUCACAGACGACUUCUCAGCUCAUCUAACACUUGAACACCGAGCACCAAGAGAUUUAGAUGAGUCCAGCAGUGUUCGACACGUACGCAGGAUGUUUCACCCUGGUCGAGGCCUGGGUGGUCCCAGAGCACGACGGACUAAUAUGCACUUUACUAGCGGCUCGGCGGGUGGCCUGUCCUCAUCUUCAUCACAGAGCUCCACCUACACCCCCAGUAACCGGGAAGCAAUGGACCCAAUCGCAGAGUUGUUGUCUCAGCUGUCAGGUGUGCGGCGCGCUGCAGGGGGUCAGAUAAACUCAUCAGGGCCAUCAGCAUCUCAGCUCCAGCAGCUUCAGAUGCAGCUGCAGUUGGAGCGGCAGCAGGCUCAGGCAGCACGGCAGCAGGUCGAUACAGGCCGCCACGCAGCACGACGCGGCACCAACCCCGGCAAUACUGGUACCGCUCUCCCACCACCCAGCACAGCAACCUCCAACGCUGCCGCCGUGGGUGAAAGCAACCCCUCGUCCUCAUCCCAUAGUACCCAGUUCCUGUUAGCACGGUUGAAUGAGCCCAAGAUGUCAGAAGCAGAGCGACAGUUUCUGGAAGGAGAGUGCGCAGACCGCAGCCUGUUUGUCCAGGAGCUGCUUUUGUCCACGCUAAUGCACGAAGAGAGCUCAUCCUCCGACGAAGACGAGCGACGAGACUUCGCCGACUUCGGGGCCAUGGGCUGUGUGGAUGUCAUGCCUUUAGACGUGGCACUGGAGAACCUUCAGCUCCGAGAGAGCAGCUCUACGGGGAAGGAGCCUCCGCCGCCUCCUCUUUGAUGUCCAAGCAUCAAGCAGACUGUGUCCUCUCUGCUGCAACUGUCAGUGAUGGACGGCAAUCGGCAGCAGUCCUCCUCCCGAGCCCCGCCCCCUCCUUCCCCUCCCCUGUGUUCUCUGACUUUGUUUCUGGUGAGUGUGGUGAGUGUAAUUUCAAGCCUGUCACCAAUUUUGGUAUUGUCAACAAAAAAAAUAAAUGAGCAAGUGAGAGAAACAUGCAAACGCGCAAAAAGCAACUGAGAGUAGAUAAAUCUAUAUAAGAUAUAUAUGAAGUUGAUAAUCAGUCCACAUAACUUUUUUCUUUAUCAGGUAAGUGCUACAGGCGGCUGUGGCAGACAAUUGGCUCCUGUAAGAUGCAAACAGCUCUCUCUUAAAUACUCCACAUUCAAAACUCAAGAGGACCUCUUUUGAAGCUGCUGUGUAUGUUUAUGACUAUAAAUUAAUAAAAAGUGCUUGGAUCAGUUACCAUAACUACUGCAUGCAGUUAUUUGCAGCGUGCAUGGCGUUCAGUGACGUGGUCAUUAGGAAAAAAGCAACGUUUUUGUUAAAAGUAUCCCAAAGCAGUCAAGUUUUGAGUUACUUGCAACACUGUUAAGUAUUGGAAAAUUGAGUCCACAAAGAUGAGAAGAAAUUGAACUCAAAUAAUCUGCAAUUCCAAGUUGGAAGAAGUUGGGAGGUUAUGGAAAA